AUGUCCAAGAAACGUUCCAUACGAUCGAUCGACCAAGGUGGUCUCAAUCUCUGGGACCUCAACGCUAGAUUCCGUGCCCAAAAGGCAUGGAUGUUCGAAAGGUUCCUCCACGAGGUAAAGAACGACCGAGUUGCAAAGGUUUCAUUUGCCCAAUCAUGGAUGGACCAACUCAACCAAGACAAACCAAACGAUUUUGUCCGCCUCUGCCGCAGCGACAAUGGAACCAGACAAAAGAGGAAGAGUACCUCUCAAACAAGUGUACCUCCAAAGGCUGACCAUAGCCAACGAAAAGUGGAACGUGUACGACCCGACCCCAGGUCAAAGAUCUUAGCAACCGAUGACAGAGUGUAUCCAAUGAAUGCACUAGCUGCUCUUUCUACCAUCGUACUACCAAAGGGUCGAGAUCUGGUUUGGAAAUACGUAACCAAAUGUCUCCCACUCGUCAGGGGUGACCCAGUCGCCUCCAUCUGUGUGUCGUGUGGCAAAGAUGAAUCCUCCAAGCACUUGUUCUUCCAAUGCAAGGAGACCACGCUGCCAGUGAAGAUACUGAAAGAGGUUACUGCUGCCAACAACAUUCCACCAGUUUGGGACAUCACCCUCCUCAACCUCAAACAAACUCCAAUGACUACAAACUUGGUCGCUGCAACACUCGAACGAAUAUGGUUCCGACGUAAUGAUCUACGUCACCAAAGAGAUGAACCAUUCACUGAACAAUAUCUGCGAGCUAGAUUGCUAAAUGAUAUGCGACAUAUUAUAAAAGUAAACUGGGACAAGACGUUAGAAUUAUGUAAUCGAUGGCACUUGGCUCUAAUGAACCAAACCGACGAAUCAGUAAUACAUACGAUUACAGAACGAAUAUAA